CCCGGGGGACCAGGGUAGCACGUGGGGGCCGAACAAGCCGUGGGAGAAAAUCGUACGAGGCGUUGGCCCCCACCAGCAUUUUUAGCCAGGGUCUGCACAUGCUUACUACGUAGGGACAGAACAGCCUUCAUGUAGCUGGUCUUCCGCCCCCUCAGCACCGGGACUACCGCAGCGUGCAGCUAGCUUGUCGUCAUCGCCACGAUGGCCGGAGCCCCAAAACACGAGUACAGCACGCUGGAGGUGAGCGCGCAGCAGCCGAGCGACCUGCCCGAGGUCGUUUCGCAUGACCUGCCCGAGGCCAUCUCGACCGACUUGCCUGAGGCCGUGCCGCAAACUAGUGCCUCCAGUGCGCCAGAGCCCAUUUUCGCAUCCUACCACGACAAGCAGCUUGACGCGGAUGUGGCCCCUGCGCCGGAAAAGAGGUCGUCGAUAUGCGGCCUACGGAAAAGGACCUUCUGGAUAGCGCUCGUGGUUGCGCUUCUCGUUAUCAUCGGCGUCGCGGUUGGCGCAGGCGUCGGUGCGACCAGGAACAAGGACUCCGAUGACAGUAGCUCCUCCAGUGGAGCCAGCAGCAGCAAUUCGUCGACUCGCGGUAUCAUUUCGACUUCGCGUCUGGCUGCGGCAAACUACACCGAUGCGGCUGGCGUCGAGCACUCCCAGCUCUACUACCAGGAUGUCUCCUUGGAUAUCUGGAUGGCCGACUGGAGCGAAAAGAACAACAACUGGACUUUGGGAAAGCUCCAGCCUAAUGACAACACAUCCGACAUUACGCCAAGGAACGGGACGCCCAUCGCGGCGUACAACUUUUGGUAUUCGGAAGAAGUGCGUCCCUUUCUUCAAUCCACGCUUUUAUCCGACAUUCUUUGCUGACAGACAUCCGCCACACAGCGCAGCGACUUCCGCUG